UAAACAGUAAACUUUAAAAAUUGGGAAAAGGCUUUUAUUGUGUGCUCAUUUCAGAUUGCUAUAGUAGUGAUAGUUUAAUUUGUAUUGCACAAUUUAUACUGCUGUUAAAAUUUGAAUAUAAUUAAUAAAAAGUGAGUAACAGUCAGGCCCUGAGGUUAAUACCUUUUUCUGUCUACAGAUUCCUUUCUUUGGCUCAAAACCUUUUGGAGGAAGAAGCCCGGACAGCCCCAUGUUGAGCAAGGCUGAAUUUGUUGAGAAGGUUCGCCAGAGCAACCAGGCCUGUCACGAUGGCGACUUUCACACGGCUAUCAUGCUGUACAAUGAGGCCCUGGGAGUCGAUCCUCAGAACUGCAUCCUCUACAGUAACCGAUCUGCAGCAUACAUGAAAAUCCAGCAGUAUGACAAGGCACUCGAUGAUGCAAUCAAAGCACGACUUCUCAAUCCUAAAUGGCCCAAGGCAUACUUCCGACAGGGUGUUGCCCUUCAGUACCUUGGGCGCCAUGCAGAUGCACUGGCAGCUUUCGCGUCGGGGUUGGCUCAGGACCCCAAGAGCCUGCAGCUUCUGGUUGGGAUGGUGGAAGCCGCCAUGAAGUCUCCCAUGCGAGAGUCCCUCGAGCCGACGUACCAGCAGCUGCAGAAGAUGAAGCUGGACAAGAGCCCCUUUGUGGUGGUGUCCGUCAUUGGCCAGGAGCUCCUGACCGCAGGCCAUCACGGUGCCUCUGUGGUUGUGUUGGAAGCCGCCCUGAAGAUAGGCACCUGCAGCCUGAAGCUGAGGGGAUCGGUGUUUUCUGCGCUGAGCAGCGCUUACUGGUCUCUGGGGAAUACCGAGAAAAGCACCGGAUACAUGCAGCAGGACUUGGACGUAGCCAAGACUUUAGGUGACCAGACAGGAGAAUGCCGAGCUCACGGGAACCUGGGCUCCGCAUUCUUCUCCAAAGGAAACUACCGAGAGGCCCUCACUAACCACAGGCAUCAGCUGGUGCUCGCUAUGAAACUCAAGGACAGAGAGGCAGCAUCCUCGGCCCUGAGCAGCCUGGGCCACGUGUACACAGCCAUCGGCGACUACCCCAACGCGCUGGCCAGCCACAAGCAAUGCGUCCUGCUGGCCAAGCAGUCCAAGGACGAGCUCUCGGAGGCCCGGGAGCUGGGCAACAUGGGGGCAGUGUACAUCGCCAUGGGGGACUUUGAGAACGCCGUGCAGUGCCACGAGCAGCACCUCGGCAUCGCCAAGGCCAUGGGCAACCAGCGUGAGGAGGCGCGCGCCUACAGCAACCUGGGCAGCGCCUACCACUACCGGCGCAACUUCGACAAGGCCAUGUCCUACCACAACCACGUGCUGGAGCUGGCCCAGGAGCUGGCCGAGAAGGCCAUCGAGAUGCGCGCCUAUGCCGGGCUGGGCCACGCUGCCCGCUGCAUGCAGGACCUGGAGAGGGCCAAGCAGUACCACGAAGAGCAGCUGCGCAUUGCCGAGAGCCUGCAGGACCGAGCCGCCGAGGGCAGAGCCUCUUCCAACCUAGGGAUAAUCCACCAGAUGAAAGGCGACUACGACACUGCAUUGAAACUGCACAAGACCCAUCUGUCUAUCGCCCAGGAGCUGAACGACUACGCUGCCCAGGGCAGGGCCUACGGCAACAUGGGCAACGCCUACAACGCCUUGGGCAUGUACGACCAGGCGGUGAAGUACCACCGGCAGGAGCUGCAGAUCUCCAUGGAGGUGAACGACCGGGCCUCCCAGGCCUCCACGCACGGGAACCUGGCGGUGGCCUACCAAGCUCUGGGUGCCCACGACCGGGCCCUGCAGCACUACCAGAACCACCUCAACAUUGCCCGGGAGCUGCGGGACAUCCAGAGCGAGGCCCGGGCCCUCAGCAACCUGGGCAACUUCCACUGCUCGCGCGGGGAGUACGUGCAGGCUGCCCCCUACUACGAGCAGUACCUGCGCCUGUCCCCCGAGCUGCAGGACAUGGAGGGCGAGGGGAAGGUCUGCCACAACCUGGGCUAUGCCCACUACUGCCUGGGCAACUAUGAGGAGGCGGUGAAGUACUAUGAGCAGGACCUGGCCCUAGCCAAGGACCUGCACGACAAGCUGAGCCAAGCCAAGGCCUACUGCAACCUGGGCCUGGCCUUCAAGGCUCUGACGGACUUUGGCAGGGCCGAGGAGUGCCAGAAGUACCUGCUGUCCCUGGCCCAGUCCUUGAACAAUUCCCAGGCCAAAUUCCGCGCCCUGGGGAACCUGGGGGACAUUUUUGUCUGUAAAAAGGAUGUAAACGGUGCAAUAAAGUUCUACGAGCAGCAGCUGGGCUUGGCCCAUCACGUCAAGGACAAGAGGCUGGAGGCCAGCGCCUACGCAGCCCUGGGCUCUGCCUACCGCAUGAUACAGAAGUGCGACAAGGCUUUGGGCUACCACACGCAGGAGCUGGAGGUGUACCAGGAGCUGGGGGACAUGCCAGGCGAGUGCCGAGCCCACGGCCACCUCGCGGCCGUGUACAUGUCCCUGGGGAAGUACACCAUGGCGUUCAAGUGUUAUGAGGAGCAGUUGGAGCUCGGGCAGAAGCUGAAGGACCCCAGCAUCGAGGCCCAGGUCUACGGCAACAUGGGCAUCACCAAGAUGAACAUGAACGUCAUGGAGGAAGCCAUCGGCUACUUCGAGCAGCAGCUGGCCAUGCUGCAGCAGCUCAGCGGCAAUGAGGCGGUGCUGGACCGAGGCCGGGCCUACGGGAACCUGGGGGACUGCUAUGAGGCGCUGGGGGACUACGAAGAAGCCAUCAAGUAUUACGAGCAGUACUUGUCAGUAGCGCAGAGCCUGAAUCGCAUGCAGGACCAGGCCAAGGCCUACCGGGGCCUGGGGAACGGGCACAGGGCCAUGGGCAGCUUGCAGCAGGCGCUCGUGUGCUUCGAGAAGCGGCUGGUGGUGGCUCAUGAGCUGGGCGAAGCCUUCAACAAGGCGCAGGCCUACGGGGAGCUGGGGAGCCUGCACAGCCAGCUGGGGAACUACGAGCAGGCCAUCUCCUGCCUGGAGCGCCAGCUCAACAUUGCCCGGGAGAUGAAGGACCGGGCCCUGGAGAGCGACGCGGCCUGCGGCCUGGGGGGCGUCUACCAGCAGAUGGGCGAGUAUGACACGGCGCUGCAGUACCACCAGCUGGACCUGCAGAUCGCUGAGGAGACCAACAACCCCACGUGCCAGGGCCGGGCUUACGGGAACCUGGGGCUCACCUACGAGUCGCUGGGCACCUACGAGAGGGCCGUGGUCUACCAGGAGCAGCACCUCAGCAUCGCUGCCCAGAUGAACGACCUGGUGGCCAAGACGCUGUCCUACAGCAGCCUCGGGCGGACGCACCACGCCUUGCAGAACUACUCGCAGGCCGUCAUGUACCUGCAGGAAGGCCUGAGGCUGGCGGAGCAGCUGGGCCGCAGAGAGGACGAAGCCAAAAUCCGCCACGGCCUGGGCCUCUCCCUCUGGGCGAGCGGGAACCUGGAGGAGUCGCAGCACCAGCUCUACAGGGCAUCUGCACUGUUUGAGACCAUCCGGCACGAGGCGCAGCUGAGCACUGACUACAAGCUGUCGCUCUUUGACCUGCAGACGUCGUCCUACCAGGCCUUGCAACGGGUCCUUGUCAGCCUGGGCCACCACGAUGAAGCCUUGGCCGUGGCAGAGAGAGGGAGGACAAGGGCCUUCGCGGAUCUGCUGGUGGAGCGUCAGACGGGGCAGCAGGACUCCGACCCCUAUUCUCCAGUGACCAUCGAGCAGGUCCUGGAGACGGUGAAUGGGCAGAGGGGACUUGUUCUCUACUACUCGCUGGCUGCAGGCUACCUGUACAGCUGGCUGCUGGCCCCCGGGGCAGGGAUCCUGAAAUUCCACGAGUGCUACCUGGGGGACAGCGCGGCGGAGAGCGCCGGGGACUUCCACGAAGCCAGCAGCGUCAACCUCCAAGCAACCACCAGCUCUGGGCUGGAGAUGUACAUCUCCAGCGUGCGAGAGGCACUGGGCGUGGACUCCUACUACACCCGAGCCUGCGCCAGCAGUGAGACGGAGAGCGAGGCCGGGGACAUCAUGGACCAGCAGUUUGAGGAGAUGAACAACAAGCUGAACUCGGUGACGGACCCCACCGGCUUCCUGAGGAUGGUCAGCAGGAACAACCUCGUCAACAGGAGCUGUCAGAGCAUGACCAGCCUGUUCAGCAGCACCAUGUCGCCCAUGAAGGACGGGGCGUCCUCCCUGCCCCGGCGCCAGGCCCCUUUCAGCAAGCCUCCACUGCGGGCGCUCUACGACCUGCUCGUUGGGCCCAUGGAGGGGGGCCUGAUGCACUCCAGUGGCCCCGUUGGCCGGCACCGCCACCUGAUCCUCGUUCUCGAGGGAGAGCUCUACCUGAUCCCCUUCGCCCUCCUGAAGGGCAGCUCGUCCAACGAGUAUCUCUAUGAGCGCUUCAGCCUCAUCGCUGUCCCCUCCAUCCGGUCUCUGAACCCCAGCUCCAAGUCCCACCUGAGGAAGAACGCCCCUGCCUACUCCAGCUCCACCUCCAUGGCAGCCGUCAUCGGCAACCCCAAGCUGCCAGCCACCGUGAUGGACAGGUGGCUGUGGGGACCCAUGCCGUCCGCGGAAGAGGAGGCCUACAUGGUGUCAGAGCUGCUGGGCUGCCAGCCCCUGGUGGGCGCCGCAGCCACCAAGGAGCGGGUCAUGAGCGCGCUGUCGCAGGCAGAGUGCGUGCACUUCGCCACCCACGUCUCCUGGAAGCUGGCCGCCCUGGUGCUCACCCCCAAUGCCGACAGCAACCCGGCCAGCAGCAAGAGCUCUUUCGGCAACCCCUACACCAUCCCCGAGUCCCUCCGUGUGCAGGACGAUGCCAGCGACGUGGAGAGCAUCUCGGACUGCCCGCCCCUGCAGGAGUUCCUGCUCACGGCCGCCGACGUCCUGGACCUGCGGCUGCCCAUCAAGCUCGUGGUGCUCGGCUCCUACCAGGAGUCCAACAGCAAGGUCACAGCCGACGGGGUCAUCGGUCUGACCAGGGCCUUCCUGGCGGCCGGCGCACAGUGUGUCCUGGUGUCGCUCUGGCCCGUGCCCGUGGCUGCCUCCAAGAUGUUUGUGCAUGCCUUCUACUCCGCCCUGCUCAACGGCAUGAAGGCCAGCGCCGCCCUCGGCGAGGCCAUGAAGACCGUGCAGAGCAGCAAGCCCUUCUCCCACCCCUCCAACUGGGCAGGCUUCGUGCUCAUUGGGAGCGACGUGAAGCUGAACAGCCCAUCCUCGCUGAUCGGGCAGGCGCUGACGGAGAUCCUGCAGCACCCCGAGAGAGCCCGCGACGCGCUGCGUGUCCUGCUGCAUCUGGUGGAGAAGUCGCUGCAGCGAAUCCAGAACGGGCAGCACAACUCCAUGUACACCUCCCAGCAGAGCGUGGAGAACAAAGUGGGGGGCAUCCCGGGCUGGCAGGCGCUGCUCACAGCCGUGGGCUUUCGGCUGGACCCCCCUGCCAGUGGCCUCCCCGCUGCCGUGUUCUUCCCCACCACGGACCCUGGGGAGCGGCUGCAGCAGUGCAGCACCACCAUCCAGUCCCUCCUCGGUUUGCCUAACCCUGCACUUCAGGCACUUUGUAAGCUGAUCACUGCAUCGGAAACUGGAGAGCAGCUCAUCAACCGGGCUGUUAAAAAUAUGGUGGGAAUGCUGCAUCAGGUCCUGGUUCAGCUUCAAGCAGGAGAGAAGGAGCAGGACUUCUCCACGGCGCCCAUCCAGGUGUCCAUCAGCGUCCAGCUCUGGCGGCUCCCAGGCUGCCACGAGUUCCUGGCAGCUCUAGGGUUUGAUCUCUGUGAAGUCGGGCAGGAGGAAGUGAUACUGAAAACCGGGAAGCAAGCGAAUCGCAGGACCAUGCACUUUGCUCUCCAGUCCCUGCUGGCACUUUUUGAUUCUACUGAGCUUCCCAAACGCCUCAGCCUGGACAGCUCCUCCUCGCUGGAGUCCCUGGCCUCUGCCCAGUCGGUUUCCAACCCAGUGCCCCAGUACCAGAACCCUCCGUUCUCGCCAACGUGUCCGGACAGCUUGGCUUCAGACGCCAUUUCCGUGUACAGCCUGAGCUCGAUUGCUUCCUCCAUGAGCUUCGCGUCCAAGCCUGAGAGCGUGUCGGAAGGGGCCGGACACAGAGGACGCCAGGACUACGAACGGCCCAAGAACGUCUAUCCCCACCGGCCCCCGGGGCCACGGAGCCAGCUGUCUCCACAGACCAACCCCGCGGGCAGCAAGGACGAUGAGGAGUAUGAAGGGUUCUCUAUCAUCAGCACCGAGCCCCUGGCUGGCUACCCAGAUGAUGCAAAAGCGAGAUUUUCACCUGAUCACAAACAGUCCAAAGCCGGCCAGAUGGGAGAGGCAAAGGCCUCUGUCAGCACCCCAAACUCGCCCGUCAAAAUGACUCUUAUCCCCAGCCCAAACUCGCCGUUCCAGAAAGUGGGGAAGCUGGCCAGCUCGGACACGGGGGAGUCCGACCAGUCCAGCACCGAGACUGACAGCACUGUCAAGUCCCAGGAGGACAACAACCAGAAGCUCGACCCUCAGGAGCUGGCCCAGAAGAUCCUGGAGGAGACGCAGAGCCACCUCCUGGCAGUGGAGCGUCUGCAGAGGAGCGGCAGCCAGGCGAGCAAGAGCAGCAGCCCGGCCGACGGUGCCACGACGCCCACCAGCACCUCCGCCUUCCGAUCCUCCGAGACCAGCGCCUUCAGCCGGCCUGUGAGCUCCGGCAACAAGAGCCAGCCCUCUCCCGUGACAAUGAAACCAAAGCCUCCAACCAGGAGCUCGUCCCUGCAGAAGGUGAGCUCUGGCUACAACAGCCCCACCAUGUCGGAGACGUCCAACAAAGACGGCACCGGCCAGUCCAGCGGGCAGCCCUCUCCGAGUGCUGACUUGCACAGCUCCCUGAUCGAGCAGCCUCACUUCAAGCUCAAGUACCCCAGCUCUCCAUACAGUGGGCACAUCUCCAAGUCCCCCAGGAACAUCUCCCCAAGCUCAGGCCACCAGUCUCCCGUGGGCAGCACACCCUCCCCGGCGCUCUCGUACUCCUCCGCUGGCUCCGCUCGCUCCAGCCCCGCCGAUGCCCCCGACAUAGACAAGCUGAAAAUGGCAGCCAUCGAUGAGAAGGUACAGGCCAUCCACAACCUGAAGAUGUUCUGGCAGAGCUCGCCCCAGCACUCUCCUGGGCCCAUGAAGAUUUUUCGAGGGGCUCCGGGAACAAUGACUUCUAAGAAAGACGUUCUCAGCUUGCUAAACUUGUCUCCGCGGCACAGCAAGGAGGAGAGUGUGGACAAGCUGGAGCUGAAGGAUUUGUCUGUUCCCCGGCACCUUGCGUCCCCGCAAAAGAAUCCCCCCAACGGACACCGGCGCCCCGAGGCGACCCACGCAGGGGCUUCCUCUCCUCCUCCGCCUCCCAGCAGCACUCCGGGAACGGCACGCCCGCUGAGGCUGCCGUCGGGCAAUGGUUACAAAUUCUUGUCGCCAGGAAGGUUUUUUCCUUCCUCCAAGUGUUGAGAUGUCUUUUCCUACCGGUGGAUUCCACUUGCAAUGAUGUUAAAGGUUCUCAGUAAUCGCUUCCGCCCACUUGCCUUGAUCAAUGCAAAGCCACAGAGUUGUGCCUGAGGCGCCACGGUCACACCCGUGGUUUGCAGCGCACAGAGAUGAAACCUGCUGGCCCCAUGCUGUGCAGAGCACAAACGUGGCCUUCUGCUCAUGGGUCUCGGUUCCUCUUGUCGGUGCUUUGGCCAGAUGCAGCCGAUGCCAGGUUUUGUGCAGCGUUCAGUACUAACUCUCUGCAGCGGCAGGUCCAGGGGACCUGCCUGUUCACAACCCGAUAGCUUUCAAACCACCUACUGCAUUUGUUUCCUAGCCUGCACGGAGGCUGCACGGUUGGAUUGUUUGUACAGAGAUGGUGUGUGGCUGGGGACCUGGAGGGGCGGCGAGCAGUAGCAAAGCUUUCACUUCUGCCACAAGAAAAUCAUGCGCAGUUUCAGCCCAGAGAAGGACCGGCCCUUUCUCUGGUUUCGGGGGCUGAUGUGGGGGUGGGGGAGGGCUGUGAUAAUGGGGUACGGCUGGGUCCCAGCACUGCUACGUUAGCACUUCGACCCCAUGGCUGGGUUCCUUGGGCAGGACCCUGGCAGCAUUGUGAUGCUAUGCUGUGGGGAGGUGCGUUCCCUUCCACAUCCUGCUUUCCUGGUGACUUUUUUCCUGCUGCUUGGUCUGGUCCCAGAGGCACAUUUGGGCACCUAACAAGCAAAGCCCCAGCAUGAGUUGUGGGCACGUGAUAGAGAUGGGUGUUCAGUCCUGGUAAACGCUCUGAACUUGACUGCACCCGAUUUCCCUGGGGCCAGGCUUCAUCAUGGCAGGGAGCUCGUCUGCCUACAGGGGCUGGGAAUGGGAGGGUGGGGUAUGGUGAAGGGGAGAGGGUUACGCCCGGCACCUCCAUCCUGCAGGACCCUGACUGUGAGCCCCGUCCUGUUCAGGCACCCCCUCCCCAUGCUGGCCAACCCCUUCUACGCCCUUUCCCAUCACCCAGUCCACAUCCUCAUUUUGCUGCUGUGGAAAGUCUCUCAGUCCUUCCUUUCCAGACCAAGCAUCCCAGCAGACAAAGCAGGUACUUGUCGUGCUGUCAGAGAGCACCUGGGAGAGACCGUCCAGCCUGGCUGCAUGCUAGAACCUAUGGACCCCGUGUUUGCUGAGCUGCAGGUCCUGGGAGCAGCGAGGGGCGGGAGGCUCUGCGGAGAGCAAGGCAGCAGGCCGGGCACCCGGGUGGUUUUGGGGUCAAGGUGGAAGACAUGUUUUAUGCAAGCCAAGCUACACAAUGCAAGCACCGAAGUGAACACGAGGAAGCCUGAGUGUUUAGGUCAUGCACCGUCACGAGACCUGGCCAUGCGGCACCCCAGAUCAGAGCACAGCCCUGCACAGGCCCGGCAUAGGGUCAUGGGACUCUCAGAGGUUCGUGUCACUGUGUGACCCUGGGCUGACUCAUCUCUCUGUGCCUCCGCUUCCCCAGCCACCUCAAUGGGGACAGUGAUUCCUACCUACCGACCUACCUCACAGGGGUGUUGUAGAAACCGGGUGGCCCUGGGCUUCGUUGUAUCACAGCGCAGGUGCCCAUGUUGCACCUACCUACUUGAGUGAGGGCAGCCAGCUCGCUGGGCACAGCUCUAGAUGCUGAUAGCCCCUCCAGCUGCAGGUUUGGAGGCUGCUUUGAAGUUCUGGGCCCUAGGAUGUGUGUUGCUUUUUGAAAUCCCUGAGGACAGGUGUGAGAGCAAGACACUGGAUUCAGUUCUCACACCUCGAUGCCCCUGAGAGAAGCUCAGUGCAUCAGUGAUGUAUGUAGCAAGUGCUGGCCCUGCUUUAGCGUGAAGAUCCCCUGGUCCAAGGAGGAACGUUUCCCUUAUCGCAGCUGCAGCAGAUGUGGUGCGAGCACUACAGGUGUGGUGUGUUCCUACAGACAGCUAACAGGGAAGUGUGAACAGGAAACUUGCAAUGCCCAGGACCGAAAGGAGAUAAAUCAGUGGUUUUUAACCCUGGGGGUCCAUAGACUGUGUCUAAAGACUUAGCAAAAGAUGACUGUGAUCAAUUAGCAGCAUGUGUGCACCCAAACUUACAAUCCACAGGGGUCCUCACCUCGGUUUGAAAUUUCCGAAGGAGUCCACAAAUGCAAAAAGGUUGAAAGCCACUGAGCUAAAUAGUCCAGGGGGGUAGGAGGCAGGGUUGAAGGACAGACCUCACCCUAUGACUUUUAAUUUCAUUAGCAAAUGUUAAAAAGGGUAGUUACAGAAUUCACUGGCACGUGCUACAGAACGCAGCAACACAGCAAGGCCAGUCCCAUGCCCUUUCCUCAUACAGAUUACGUGGCUGGGCAUUGCAGCUUCCCAGGGAUGGCUGGGGGCAGGUAGCCAUGGGCCAGGACAGCGACUAGGACUUCUGGGGCAGUGGGGAUGCUGUUACUGAUGCAAACUGGUGCGGUCACAAGGCCACCGAGAGGCCCCAUGCCACUCGCUCCAGUUCCAAGAGACAUCCUCAUUUCACCCUAGGGCAGGGGGAGGAGAGCUGGGCCAGCUUUUUGUUUCCAGGCGCAGUGCUCUGUGGCACGCUGGAAGUGCCCCCAUGUGCUGUGUAUUUCAGUAGUCAGAGACCCACCAUCUGUGGGAAGCUGCUGUGUUGGCACAGCCCAUUUCCACGUGGCUGAAGGCCACCGGGCACCUGAACUGCUCAGGAAGCGUGAAUCAGGUAACAUGCAUUAAGCACGGGAAGCGAUGGGGAGGCAGAGACGAGGGGGGUUCAGCUUGGAGGGAAGCAGUGUCCCAUACACAGGGAGGGCCAGCACAGCCAGAACAGGGAUGGUGGGAGCUGCGCUUCCAUUGAUACAGCCCACAAACACCUGGUUUUGAUGCCUACUCGGGCCCGCAGACACCUCGCAAACCCCGGUGCCUCGCUCCCCUGCCCCCCAGAUCGGAAGCAACCCCUUUGUGAGGAAAAUGCGCAUCGGGCAGGUUUGCCCUUUGCUUGGAGGCUUUCAGGACGUCGAAGAUAACCUGUUCUCGUUUUGAUAGUAGACUCCCUUUUGUGGAAUUUACAUGCGUUUGUCGUCGUUGUAUUUGUGCAUGGUACCAGUGACAACACUGCUAGUACAGUGAGCAAUAAGAAGUAGGUGUACUCCACUUUCACAAUAAACUUCCCACGUGCAGAAGCCCCAAGGCAAUAGGAAGUAUUUUAGUUUGGUUUAACCCCAUCUGUUUGACUGUGCAAGCCACUACUUACAGAUAGUUUGUUGACUGUCUUUAGCUUAAAUAAAUGGGAACAGCCAAAAAAUGCAACUGACCCAAAUCCAGUUUUAUUCUGGUUUCGUUGGCUAGCCUGAGCUGGCCAGGUGCUGGUCUUCCUCCUCAUAAUCGAUGUAAGCACGGAAGCAAAAAGCGUUGAGGGGUGAAUGUGGCAAAGGGGAAGCUACAGCUGCACACGCUGCCCCUGGGUUGCAGUAGGGUUUCAUGAACACCCCUCGUUCGGGUGGAUGGGGGGUCCCAGUGUAAGCGCAAGCUGGUGCUGAGCAGCGUCAGUAGAUGGGGGCUCUUUGCGACGCUUCUGCUCGGCCGUGUUGUCCAGACAGGCUGCUCCCGUGCGCUGUGAACGGGCCCUUGCGCUGCAGAGAGCCUCUGGAAGGACUUUGAUGAGGGAAACUCCAGGAGGACUGCUCCGCUCUGCCGCCUUCCCCUGCAGCAGCUCCUGCGCACUCACUCUUCUUGUAUGCAGUGUUAGCCAUGUUUGGCCUAUACGGACUUUUUUUGUAAAUUAAAACUCUGUUUCCAGACAGCAUUAAACUUUUUAUAUUAUGAAAUUUACCAUGUAAAAAGAAUUUCAUAUUUUUAUUGAAAUUGCUAAGGCAUUUGGCCUUCCUUCUUUGUGAUUUCUGUGUCUAUUAAAGCAUGAGUUCUCUCAGU